CUGCAAUAAACAAUCCAAACUCCAAUCGUUAUCAACAGUUGGUAGCCUACCUACUUACUUACUCACUAGCGUCGCCGGGCAUCACCUUCAAUUGCUUCAAAGUUACCCAGGGAGUUAUCGAACAGCUAGUAACCGCCACUUUAACUAAAUCACCAUGUCCGGUGGCAAGGUUCACCCUCGCGGUGGGAAGGGCGCCAAGGGUAUCGGUAAAGGGCUUGGUGGGAAGGGCGGCUUGAAACGGCACCGCAAAAUUCUUCGGGACAACAUCCGAGGCAUCACCAAACCAGCGAUCAGACGUCUCGCCCGCCGAGGUGGCGUGAAGAGAAUCUCUGCCGGAAUCUACGAGGAUGCUCGAACGGCCCUCAAAGAAAGACUUGAACAGACCAUACGCGAUUGCGUCACAUACUGCGAGUAUCGCCAAGCCAAAACUAUUACUAUCAACGAUGUACUUCAUUCGUUGAGGCGUCAAGGUCGUCCCAUAUACGGCUUCGAUGACAUUAAAGUCGGCAUCCCUACGAAGAAGUAGCGUCAAAGUAUAAAGCUCACUCUUCUGAUUUCGCUUGUACAAACGCACUUCGCCCACCAAGGCGCGGUCUUGUCCUGGUUUCCAUCAAGUUGUAUUUGCCGACUUGGGGUUUCAGUAAAUGCAUGGCACGAGAUAAAUGAUUCGUUUAGCCAAUAUCGCUUUACCAUGUUACAUACAUAAGUUAAUAACCGGGGAAAUGAUUGGAGGAACACCUCUGUGAGAGGGAUUGUUUCCUAAAUGGAAAUUGCACUUUGUGGUUGAACAGUUAAUUGAUACCCAUUGUACCUACACGGACUUCAUCACUCUAGGUGCAACUAGAACGUGAAACGUCUACAA